GGCUUCGUUUGUAGUUCUUCCUCUAUAAACAACAUGCCGUCAGGAUCAGAUACUGCAGACGUGAACGAGGACAAUAAACCCUCCAAAAAUGUCAUUGCUCAUAUAUCACAGUUUGCAGACGAUAACUUAACUAUUGUCCGGAACAUCAGCACAUGUCUCGGCAUCGCUGGGGUUCUCAUCAUAGCGAGGAGCAUCAGGCUGAUUACAAGAUUCGCCUCUGCCUCUGAUAUUCCAGCUCGGUUCAUUGAGAAGAACAUUAGCAUCAGAGGAAGACUGAGAAACAUCACCGAGAACGGGCUUGAAGUGGAACACCUUCCGAUUUAUGUCCCUUUGCUCAGUCGUCUCCAAACUAAACCAGGGCAGUCCGUGAGCGUCCUGGACGUCCGUCUGGCCGGAGUGGAGAUGACCUCAGAAGGGCACGACUGGAUCGCUCAACAGCUGAAACCAGCAGAGACGCUGUGGCUCCGACUGAUCGCUCGACAGAACCAGACCCUACACUGCCUCGUGUCAGUUAACAGGGGCUCACUCUUUAACACUUGUGUGAAUGAGGAACUUUUGCGGCGUGGUUUGGCGAGGACGUCUCCUCUCGUGGGUCUGGACCCUCACUCUCGGAUCUCCUGGAGUCUCUACAAGCGCUUGAUGAGGGCCGAGAGGAGAGCGGAGAAGAGGGGGAAAGGCCUGUGGAAGGAGGAGAGUCGCUGGGACAGAGUUUCGGAAGUCUUGAGGAACAACAUCCUGCUCGUCUCACUUAAGAAACUCUUCAAGUGGACAUCACGUACUGAGGAGAAGUGAAAUAUCCAAGGUUGGUUAUGCGUCGUAGUAUUUAUCCUUAGGGAAGCAGCACUUUCACGUGAGAAAUUAUGUCGUUAUUGACCCAACAUGAAGACUCUUAACACCAUCCGUGAUGUCACUCAUGCUGUCAUAAUAUUCCCGACAACCGGAAAGCCUUUGUACUCUUCCCUCCUCCCAUAAAUCCAUAUCCCACAGACGUCUCGGGUUUUCUGUUUCCCUGGGGAGUUGGGGGAGCGCUUUGUCACGAUGACAUGGCAGCGGGGGUCUACCGAUGAGACAAUGAGGAGGAGGAGGGAUCCCCAUUACUAUAGAAACACGAGGGCUCCUCAUUCUCAGGGUCCUAAAGGCCUUCAGACUCGGAGACGGGACAAGAAGGUGCUUGAAUCGUGUCACUGCACUGACGCUAUUAGAUAAGAGCAAAAUCUGAGCUGAAUAACGACGCUGACUUUGCAACAUGGACACUGUUAUCAAGUUCUGUGCAGCUGCUUAUGCCGGAACAGAUUCAUGUUUAAUGAACGUUGCAACAGUGACACUGUUAUUGAACUGGAUUAAAAGUUCAUUGAGCUGAGCAAUGAAGACAUUUAUCUUGUGUGGAGAUGAAAUCAAAUUUGUUUCCUAAUUAA